UAUGACGAGAGGGCCUGCAGGAUGAAAUGUAUUCAUGUUGUGUGUGAGACAAACUGGAUGCAUUUAUCCUUUUUCUAACGGCGUCAGUCAGUCAACACAUUAUUCCCUUUAGCCAUUUGUUGCACAUCUAUUUCUACUGCUCGGCCAUGUGUUGUUGUCGAUGUGAGGCGAGAAGGCUGGGAGGAGGCAAUUCCAUGAAACCAUGAGUCCACCUGCUCUGCCUGUGGUUUUCGGCUGUUGUCACAGGAAAAUCUGGUUGCAUUCAGCAGCCGGAGGCAAACCCUCUAUUUACCACCCGACUAUCAUCUCACCCCGGAUGCUAUGGAAGGAGGAGCAUGAUGAAUAGAUACACAAAUAUCAGACAGCUCGGGGAUGGCACGUAUGGCUCGGUCAUCCUCGGUCGCAGUCUGGAGUCAGGAGAGCUGGUUGCCAUAAAGAAAAUGAAAAGAAAAUUCUACUCCUGGGAAGAAUGCAUGAACCUCCGUGAAGUCAAGUCAUUAAAGAAACUCAACCAUGCCAAUGUAAUCAAACUUAAGGAGGUGAUUCGAGAAAAUGAUCACUUGUACUUCAUAUUUGAGUACAUGAAGGAAAAUCUAUACCAGCUAAUGAAAGACAGGACUCGAUUAUUUCCUGAAUCUGCCGUAAGAAAUAUUAUGUUUCAGAUACUACAGGGGCUCACGUUCAUUCAUAAACAUGGGUUUUUUCACAGGGACAUGAAACCUGAGAAUCUUCUGUGCAUGGGCCCAGAGCUGGUGAAAAUAGCUGACUUUGGGCUCGCCCGGGAAAUCAGAUCUCGACCACCGUACACAGACUACGUCUCGACCAGAUGGUACAGAGCCCCAGAGGUGCUCCUCAGAUCCACAUCCUACAGUUCACCCAUAGACCAGUGGGCAGUUGGCUGCAUCAUGGCAGAGCUUUAUACCCUCAGGCCUCUUUUCCCGGGCUCCAGUGAAGUAGACACCAUAUUCAAAGUUUGCCAAGUGCUGGGUACGCCAAAGAAGAAUGAUUGGCCGGAGGGAUACCAUCUCGCAAAUGUCAUGAAUUUCCGUUGGCCUCAGUGUGUUCCCAGUAAUCUAAAGACACUGAUACCAAAUGCCAGUCCUGAAGCCAUUCAUCUGAUGACAGACCUGCUCCAGUGGGAUCCCAAGAAGAGACCAUCUUCAGCCCAGGCUCUCAGGUACUCUUACUUCCACGUGGGCCAGGCUUUGGGCACUCCUCAGCAGAUCCUGGAGCAGGGCAGACCUCAGCCAGGCCUCGUGCCGCUGCAGGCUCCGUUACAGUCACAACCGACACUGCAGCAGCAGCAGCAGCAGCAGCAGCAGCAGCAGCAGCAGCAGCAGCAGCAGCAGCCCCUGCUGCUCAAGCCUGUGCCUCCCUCCCAGCCUCCACCUCCCAACCAACACUGCUCCCCCUCCAGGCCUCUCCAGCAGAUCCAGCCCUCCUCUGCGUCUGCAGCUGCGCAGUCGGCAGUGUACCAACGGCAUGCAGAGCUGGUGCGAGAGCAACAACCGAAGCACAUCCUGAACCAGGAACAGACCGGAGGAACACCACAGAGCCAUCUUCCUUACAUUGUUGACAAGAGUCUCCAGAGCAAGCAAACAAGACAGGAGACAGAAAAAGCAAACCUACUGAGCUAUCAGUUGAAACCCAAAGGAGGGCGGCGGCGCUGGGGCCACGGCACCGGACACCUUAAGGCUGAAGACUGGGACGACUACGAGGAAACGGAUCUGACAUCCAUAGGUGUUCUUGGAAAAAGUAACUUCUCCGCAGAGAAGUCGAGGCAUGGGGAGGACACACUGAGCAGAUAUGGAAAUGUUCUGGAUUAUAGUCGUCCCAAUGGAAAGGAAGAUGCACCUUUAAACCUGAACAAGAGUGCAGCCUACCAGGAGCCAUUGAGAACUGCGUCUGCCAAACAACAUUACUUGAGGCAGUCAAGAUAUUUACCUGGUAUUAGCACAAAGAAGAACGUGGCCAUAAAUGCCAGUAAAGACUUCACUGGUAGCCAUCUUUGGGGCAACAGCAGUAUUCCUUUCGGAGGGACUCUGCCGAGCAGAGGCGCUCACGGUACAAACACAAUCCCAGGUGGAUACAUGCCGUCGUUUUACAAAAAAGACAUCGGUUCAGCCGGUCACAGGCGACACCAGAGUCCCUCUGUGGAAUCAACAGCAUCAAAUUAUGCAACGUGGCAGUCAGGCCGGAGUCCGAUGAACACCUCUACCAACAUGCCAUCAACCAACAAGAGCACCCCUGGCCUGCUGCCUCGCCCGCCGGUACAGACCAUCCACGGGCGAACAGACUGGUCUGCCAAAUAUGGACACCGCUAGUGCCCCGCCUGGAGCUCUGAUCUGUGCUCCUAAGAACUCUUUCACCUCCAAAGAGUAGGCCUAGUUGUUUUAUAAUCUAAAUCUGUGCAUACACCUUACACAGCAAUAAUUUUGUUUUUCAUUAUGUGUACUAUGGAUGUUGUAAGUUGUAAAAUAUCUCAGUGUAUGUGUAUAUUUAAAUGCAACCGGGCCAGAAUUUGAGCCUGGAUUUGCUCCUCAGUGUUUUUAUUUUGUAUUUCUGUAACAUAGCUACUGCUCUUCAGAGGUAACAACCUCAGUUUUGUAUCAGAUUUAUCAUUGAAUGUUCACCAACCUGUAAACAUAAUAUGCAUAUAAUGAUUUUCUGAAAACUUCACUGUGACUUGUUUUGGCUACAACUUAUUACUUUGCCUCUGUAAAGUUCGGUAUAUUUGAUUUUUUUUACAUUUCUGCUGUUUUUUUUUCAUGAGCCUUGUAAUCAGGUAACUAUUUUUUGUGCAUUAUAAUGAAUACAAUGCAAGUGGUUGCAACACUGUUCAAGUCUAUUCUAGUUUCAGAAGUAAAAUUAUCCAAGUUAACACAUGCUACCCCCUCGGCCAAAGUGAGUGUGAUUAUUG